AUGAGUGAGCCAAAGAUCGAUUCCAUUGCGUUCAGAAAACGUGUUGGCAUCAUCCAGAAGAGGAUUGCGGAAGAUGGUUUCAAUGGCGCUGGUUCCUUGCUUGUUGUUGUUGGUUCAUCUGACGAAGAGAACCCAUAUCAAAAGUCAACAAUUUUGCACAACUGGCUGCUGGGCUAUGAGUUCCCUGCCACUGCCAUCUUCAUAACAAAGGACAAGGUUGUGUUCAUCACGUCUGUUGGGAAGACCAAGUAUCUGGGUGGUAUUAAGAACGGCGGCUCUGUUGAUGUUUGGGCACGUACGAAGGACGCGGACAACAACAAGAAGCUGUGGGAUGACUUGGUGAGCGAAUUGAAGCAGGUGCACAAGGUUGGUAUCAUCACGAAGGAUAAGUUCCAAGGUAAGCUCAUCAACGAAUGGGAGCCAAUAUGGGAUUCCGUGAAAGGUGUGCUGGAGUUGAUUGACGUUUCAGUGCAGCUGUCCCAAUGUUGGGAAACAAAGGAUACCAAGGAGCUGAGUAGAAUCACCAUGGCGGCGAAGACAAGUUCUGAGUUCAUGAACUACUUCUCGGAUGAAAUGGUCCGUGUUGUUGACGAGGAGUUGAAAGUGUCUCACUCAAAGCUCACUGAACGUGUUGAAAAUAAGAUUGACGAGGAUAAGUUCCUUGCACAGCUCAAGAAGAAGUUCGGCUCUCAGUUGGACCUGAACCUUCUGGACUGGUGCUAUACACCAAUUAUCCAGAGUGGUGGCAAAUACGAUCUGAGACCAAGUGCACAAUCCAACGAUGACAACCUCCACGGCGGUGUUGUGAUUGCCUCGUUGGGUAUCAGAUAUAUGUCAUAUUGCUCAAAUAUAGCACGUACAUUCCUUGUGGACCCAACUCCUGAGGUGGACAAGAACUAUGACUUUUUGAUUGCAGUUCAGAAAAAGGUCAUUUCCCUGUUGAAACCUGGCACUACUGGUUCAAAGAUUUACACCGAAACCUUGGAGUUUAUCAAGUCUGAGAGACCAGAAUUGGAAAAGCACUUCACCAAGAACGUUGGUUGGAUCAUUGGGUUGGAGUUCAGAGACAAUACGUUCUUGCUGAAUCCAAAGAACGAACGUGAACUUCCAGAUAACUCAACUUUUGACCUCACCAUCGGUUUUCAGAACUUGGCUAAUGAGGCUUCAAAGGAUCCAAAGACAAAGAACUAUUCCUUGUUGUUGACAGAUACUGUCAAGAUUGUUGAUUCUACGCCAUCUGUGAUCACUGAAUACACAAAGACAAGAGCUGAUGUGUCUUUCUUCUUUAAAGAUGAGACUGAAAAUGUCAAGAAGGAGGUUCUCGACUUGGCUGAUGACGAUGUGAAGCCAAAGAGGGACACCACAGGAGCAAACUCGAAGAUUCUCAAGUCCAAACUUCGUACAGAGACGAAGAACCACGAUGAACUCGAUGAUACUCGUCAAAGACAACAGCAAAAGGAAUUACAUGAAAAGAGACAAAGAGAAGGUUUGAGCAGAUUCAGCGAUACAAGUGCUACGAAUCCAAACGAACGUAAAGUUAUCUUCAAGAAGUACGAAUCUUAUGUCAGAGAGACACAGAUUCCAACGAUGGUUAAGGACCUGAAGGCCCACGUUGAUUUCAAGACUCAGACCAUACUGAUUCCAAUUUCUGGUAGACCAGUUCCAUUCCAUAUUAACUCUUACAAAAACGGAUCCAAGACGGACGAAGGUGACUAUACCUAUCUGAGAUUGAACUUCAACUCUCCUGGUGUUGGUGGUAAUACUUCCAAGAAGGAUGAGAUUCCAUAUGAAGAUGAUGGUUCGAAGCAGUUUGUCCGUUCUAUUACCCUAAGAUCCAGAGAUGCUGAGCACAUGGCACAGGUUUUCAAGGAUAUUUCUGACUUGAAGAAAGAAUCACAAAAGAAAGAAGCAGAUAAGAAGAACAUGGCAGACGUUGUUGCCCAAGCAGAGUUGAUCCUUGCAAAGCCAGGUAGGUUAAGAAGAAUGGAUAAUAUCUUUGUUAGACCAUCUCCCGACACAAAGAGAGUCCCAGGUUCCCUGUCUAUCCAUGAGAACGGUUUGAGGUAUCAAUCUUCUUUGAAACAGGACUCUAGAAUCGAUAUUCUGUUUUCCAACAUGAAACAUCUUUUCUUUCAGCCCUGCAAGGAUGAAUUGAUUGUUCUUAUCCAUGUUCAUUUGAAGACCCCUUUGAUUGUUGGUAAAAAGAAAACAUUUGACGUUCAAUUCUACAGAGAAGCAUCCGAUAUUGCAUUUGAUGAGACCAACGGUGCUAGAAGGGGUGCCAGAAGAAGAUAUGGUGAUGAUGACGAAUUGGAACAAGAACAAGAAGAGAGAAGAAGAAAAGCUGCACUUGAUAAGGAGUUUAGAAAAUUCGCCGAGUUGAUUGCAGAUUCUUCCCACGGUGCUGGUGAUUUGGACAUUCCAUUCAGAGAACUAGGAUUCCAAGGUGUUCCAUUUAGAGCUGCAACAUUCUUGAUGCCGACUAGAGACUGUUUGGUGCAGUUGAUUGAUCCACCGUUCCUUGUUGUCACACUGGAAGAGGUUGAGAUUGCCCAUCUUGAAAGAGUUCAAUUUGGAUUGAAGAACUUUGAUAUGGUUUUCGUCUUUAGAGAUUUCGGCAAAGCUGUUGUUCAUGUUAACACCAUUCCAAUUGAAGUCUUGGAAGAUGUUAAGUCGUGGUUAACCGAUGUCGACAUUCCAUUUACAGAAUCCACAAUCAAUCUGAACUGGUCCACUAUCAUGAAGACAUUGCAAGCUGAUCCAAAACAAUUCUUCCUUGAUGGUGGUUGGUCUUUCCUUGCUGGUAACUCUGAUGAUGAAGAAAGCGAACAGAGUGAAGAAGAGUCCGAGUACGAGGUUAGUGACGAAGAUCCAGAGGAUGAAGAUGUUGACAGUGAGGAUGACUACAGCGAAGGGGGUGAUGACGAUUCUGGAAGUGACUUUAGUGGUGAUGAUGACGACGACGAUGAGGAAGAAUCCGCUGAUGAUUGGGAUGAGAUGGAGAAGAAGGCUGCCAAGGAAGAUGCAAGCAGUAGAUUUGACUGA